AGUCAGAGAUCCAGACCUUUUUUUAAAAUCUAGACCGCAAACAAACAACAAUGUUGUCCUGUAUUUGUCCUUUAAUGCACCGUGUCUUAUAAACAUGUCCUUUUUCUUUUUCUUAUCUUUUUAAAACGAGACAGACUUUUAAGCAAAGACAUUUUUGUGAUUACUUUCUUAAUUUUGUCAAAAUUGAUCUUCAUUUAUUAUCUGUCUGAAAAUGGUAUUUUAGUUCUUUCUGAAAAAUAUUUUUAUCCGUGGUUUUUAUUCCUGUUUUGACCAUUAACACAUUUUUCUAAUCCCAGUUUCAACCCUUUUGUUUGCACCUUUUCUUUUUCUUUUUCCAGCCAGCGGUGAAACCUGAUGCAGUUCCCUCCUGUGUUCUGUAGAAAUUUAACACCUUCGACACCGUGUGUUCCACCUCUCAUCUCCUGUGGUUUAUUAUCUCAGUAUGAUCUCAGUGGGCCACACAGAGACAGAGCGGGUACAAAGGCCCGUGGUGCCGCCGCUGUCACUGCCUCACUACACUGAUCCUGGAUCAGAGAUCAGUUUAGGCCUCUGUCUCCGCACUAACAUUUUUCCAGGUGCAGCUUCAACAGGGAGGUCUCUCAGUCAUGACUCUUUCAUCAGACACCCACUGCCUGCCUGGCCCACAGACCCCCAGCUGUGGUACGGCUACAAAACCAAUGAAAUGACCCAGUGGACGGAGAGGAACAUCAUGAACCAGAAGCUCAGCAAGGCGCUGAUGAGAAUGGAAAAACGAGACACUGCAAAAUAAAGUCCUGCUUCCUAUUGUGCGGCCGCAACUCACACAACACCUGUGAAAGUCACACUUCUGGUUAGUGCGGAGAUGUGAAAAACAAGGUACGGUAACUGCCCAAAAACAAACAAGCUGGGGCACAGAAACUAAAACAAAAAACACAGAACAAACCAAACCAAAACAAAACAAGUGUCUUUUCUCUGCUGAGUGAUCUCGGAGAUCUGCGGUUCGUUUUAAAGUUAAAUUAAGACUAAUAAAAAAAAAGUUUCUACUUCCAACUAAAAUUGAGGUUGUGGCUUGUUACUGUGUGUGUGUGUGUGCGUGCGCGCGUACAUGUGAUGCGUAAAAACCUGAAGAGAAUGAAGGUGGUUUCAGCAGAAACCACUGAAACUCAUUUUUUAUCACGUCCUCUGAUCAGGCCUUCAUAAAGUUCGACUGUUUUUGUCACUACACGUUGAGGAGCUUGUCUGAAGUCGGGGGUAAACGUCCCAGCAGAACAGUUAAACCCUGACUGUAAUCAAAUCUACGAAACUGCCAUCAGCCACUAAAGGAAAUGAGAAGGAAACGACACUUUCUUUUGAGAAUGUCUUUGGACUGGUUUAUGGGCUGAGCUUCUUGUCUGCGGAGUUUCAGCUGCGCCUCUUUGUAGGUGGCUACGUUAGCAGGGUGAAUAUGUAGAUCAGUUUUCCAUCACUGACCUCAGAUGUUGUUCUACAGUAUGUGAGGCCUCAGAGAGGGCCGCUGACACGGCUGCUCGCACCAGAGCUCUGUUUCCUCUGCGUCUACGGUGGAGCUUCAGAAACUUCAGCAGACGUGGGCAACACGUCAAAACUCAGGGCUGAAACUGACGUUAAAGUCUCUGUACAUGUGUUAACUCCACACAGAAAGAUAACCAUUUACUGCAGAGAUGGAAUUAUUAGGCCUUUCCAGAAGAAACCAAGUCACUGAGACCUGGCACAGACACAAAAAAAAGGUAGCAGAAGUUUUUAAAGGGCGAAAUGUUAAAAUUCAGGUUGAAAUGUAUAUAAAGAAAGGUUUAAAAUGACUCAAAACAGAAAUAUGUUACAUUUUCAACAGAAACAAUACAAUAGCAAACAGGAGUAUCAUAAUGCUAACCAGCAAAGGCUAACAGAUGGCUAAAAGUAAACAAGUUAUUUGCUUAAAAUAUUGAGCCUGAAAAUGAUAUAUAUAUAUUUUUUAAAAAGCUAGAAGCUAGUCCCAGAAAUGGAUCACAGCAAAAAAAAAAA